AUGGCAUCAAUUCGCAUGGAAGUUCAGUAUAGUACUAUUGAAAUAUUUCAAAGUGUACUGGAAUAUACACAUAAAGGUACAAACAAACAAAUUCGAUUAGAUGAUAACUCGCUUUCGUCGGAAGUCUCCAAAUCAAAAUUCUAUCAAGAUGGUACUUCGAUCUCUCGCCAUUAUCUCGCUGAAAAACAACCGCACCCAAUCAUUCAAGUAGUAGAUGGCGAUUGUAUAAACCAUGCACUAAAAUUAAAAAGUGAAGGAUACAACCCUAUUGUAUUAAAUAUGGCAAAUGCUGUAAUUCCCGGUGGUGCUUAUCUCGAUGGUGCAGGCGGCCAGGAAGAAAAUUUGUUCCGUCGAACAAAUUUAUUUCAAUAUCUUGAACAAAAAAAAAAUGAAUGCUAUCCUAUUCCCUCAUAUGGUGGUAUUUAUUGUCCUAAUUCUACUGUUAUUAGAGCCAGUGAACAAGAAAAUUAUGAAUUCUUGGAAAACCCCGAAAAAUUGUCAUUCGUGACUGUUGCCGCCAUAUGUCAACCUCAGCUUGUGUUAGGUGAGAAUGGUGAAUACACCUUAAAUGAACAUGACAAAGAAACGACCCGAAGAAAAAUUCGCACAAUGUUAAACAUCGGAUUAGAUAAUGGUCAUGAUACGAUUGUUUUAAGUGCAUUUGGAUGUGGGGCAUUCUCAAAUCCACCUUCAACAAUGGCGCGAUUAUUUUAUGAAAUUAUUAGUAAAGAAUACUUUGGUGAAAAAGAAAAUUUACCUAAAACUUAUAAAAAUAUUUCUUUUGCUAUCUUCGAUGAUGAAGGUGCUAGACAAUGGAAGAAUAACGAAGGUAAUUUUAUACCAUUUAAAAAGGUAUUUGCUAAUGGAAUUUCAUCUUAA